AUGUUUCGAUUAGCUCAGUAUGUCCUUAGAGGAUCGCAUCAUGCGAUUAAAAAAUCAUUUUUAUAUUCAAAUGUUCGAAUGUAUCUAUCAGAUGCUUAUCAAGCAUUUGAUAAAUGGGAUGAAUCAUUAUCAAGUGAAAUUCUACAAAAAACAAAUAUUAGUGAACUUUUGAUUGAUGUUGAAGAUAAAUUAAUUAGAAAGAAAUAUGUUAGUUCACUUGACACUGAAAUUCUUGCAGCGAAACUGACUCAUGUUGAAACGACUGAAGAUCUUAAAUUGGCAGAAACAAUUUUAGAAAAAUUUCGUCGUACACCAGAAGCUCUUAAAUUUCAACCUUCAUUAGCUUAUUCACUUGUUCGUAAUUAUCUUGAUCUUGGUCAAAAAGAACGUUUAUUACCUAUUUUACAUGAUAAAGUUAAAUAUGGAAUUUUUCUUGAUCGAUUUUCAGCUAAUCUUUUAUUAAAUGCAUUUUUACUUGAAAAAAAAUACAAAGAAGCUGCACAAGUUUGUACAGAUCUAAUGUUACAAGAUGAAGGUGAUGAUCAAUUAACACGUGCACUUGGUUUAAAUGCAUGUUAUAAUUAUUAUUUAAUAGCAACUGAUGACGAUUUUAAAAGUACACAAAUAGAAGAAGAAGAUGAAGAUAUUGUUAAAGUAAAAGUUAAUUUUGUUCGUAAUCAUACAAAUGAUGAUCAUUUUGAUUUAACUGAUAAACGUAAAUUACUUGGUAAAACAAUAGCUUAUUUAAGUCGAGAUGCAAAUAAUACUAGUAUUAUUUCAUUACAAAUUUUGGGAAAUAUUCUUUAUAAAAAAUUUGGUCGUGUAUGUGAUUUAUUUCAAAUAAUAUUAAAUAAUGAUCAAUUACAAGUUGAUGAAACAAUUAUAAAAAUUUUGGAAAAAGAACUUGAUGAAUAUGUUUAUAAUCCAAUUGAAGCAAAAGAACUUUUACCUCAAAGUCCCUAUCGAUGUUUAGAAUUAAUUCCUGAAGCUGCACGUGAUAUUAUUAAAGAAAAACUUUUACCUCAACUUCGUCAAAAAAAUAAAAUUAUUUCAUUAAAUCUUAAAGAAUUUGUUGAAAAAAAUCUUAUUGAAAUAGCUACACUUGCUGAUAAAUAUGAUACAAAAAAACAUGAACAACAAAUAUCAAUAUGGACACGUGAAAGACAAGAACAACUUGAUGAUCAAAUUCGUCGUUUUAUUAUUGAACAAAAAAAACUUAAUUUAAUUGAACGUCUUCGUUUAUUAGAAGAACGUGAUGAAUUAUUAAAUUUUUUUGAAAAUGAAUCAAAAAUUAUAAUGCAUUCACAAGAUAAAGCAUUUGCUGAUGAAAGUUUUGAAAAUAUUCGUACACAAGGUGAACAUGAAUAUUUUGAAUUAGCACGUCAACAUUAUCAUUGGGAUCGAAUGGAACCACGUCGUUCAUUACAUCUUGAUAAAAAAUUACGUGAUGAAGAAAUGAGUGAUGUAAGAAAUUGGUCACCAUAUAAAUAUCUUGCUGAAAAUUGGAAAUAUGAUCUUGCUGAUUAUGUUCCAUUAAAUGAAAAAAUGAAACGUCGGAAAGAAGAUUUACCUCCAAGUGGAAAACCUCCUUAUUACAAACAACACUUUUUCUAA